CAGGAUCAGGUUGUCAAUUCAAGCAUCAACUUGUUGCUUCCGCUGUAUUCACACGAUGAAGCGAGACUCCCGUUCAACGCCAAAGGAUGCCUCGGCCAACAAGUAUUGUAGACUCGCUUAUUGAGCUGUGAUUGCCUCCUCAUGACCCUCAUUGCCGCCGAAUAGCUUCUCCAACGAGGACUAAUUCAGUCUACACAAGAGCUUCACUAAAGACAUGAUCCAGUACAUGAGCCAUGACCCGAAGGAUCCAAGCGAGACUCCCAAGCCUAAGUCACAAGGGCUUCUCGCUCGGCUGAAGGUGAAGCUGAUGCCCAAGAAGAAGAAGAAGAACCGAGCCAGCGGCGGAGUUGAAAGCACCGACGCAGGUAUGCCUCCGCUCGCCGAUGCACCUGAUUCUACAGGCAUCCAUGAGGCUGCAGAUAUGCCCGAUGCGAGCUUGCCACUAGAUUCUAGCCACAAAGAACCCAAUCGGAAUGUACAGACAGGACAGCCGGACCUGGGCCAGCAUACCAAUUCGAGAGAUCACUCCACUCAAGGUGGCCAAACGGUGCAGACAGCUCAAGUGUCUCAUACCACUCAAACGACUGCUCCUGCUCCUGCUCAAGCUCAAGGCCCUCCAACACACGUCCCCACGCUGCACUUGCCUCCGGCAGCGGUUGCCCCUCCGACCCCCCAUCAGACCUCACAGUCGGCGCCGGGCGGCACCGGGCACCUCGGUCAUCAUGGAGGGCACUCGCAUCAUUCCCUUGGCGAUGCCGGAGUAGGCGCAGCAGUUGCGCCAGCUCAUGGGGGUCAUUCGGAUUCGAACACCUGUUCGUACUCUCAUACGCAUUCUCACUCUCACGAUGCGGGGACGUCUUCCUACAAUUCAAGCUAUGGCGGAGCAGGAGGCGGAAGCGGAGGCUACAGUGGAAUGUCGGGCUUCUGAGAACGACAGUACGGAGAGCCGCAGGUCUUCGUUUCGCUUCAGAUUUUGUGCAUGUUCAAUCCCCAUGCAACGAUAUGGUGCUUCAAGCAGGAAUGCCUUUUCAUGCGUCAUUGACCUCUCCCUCCACUUUUGCCUCCACCCGGAUUUUCCGUCACUUUUCGUAUGGAGCC